AUGUUCGAUAUUCAAAGUGAAGCUGAAGCUAUGUUGGAGAGGCAGCAGGAACUGCAUAAAUUUAAAUCAGGUAAAAAGAAUAAUUCUAAUCCAGAUCUAGCCAUGUCCUCAACAGACGUGACAAAAGUGGAUGGUGUUAAUGAAGACAACCAGUAUGCCGUAUUUGUCUCGUAUGUAGAAAUAUACAAUAACAGCGUGUUUGACUUAUUGGAAGAUGGUCCACCCAUUAGUAAAAAUUUACCAGUUAAAAUAAUUCGCGAAGAUGCAGCUCAUAAUAUGUAUGUCCAUGGAGUAACCGAAAUCGAAAUCAAAUCUGCAGAAGAGGCUUUUGAUGCAUUCUAUCUAGGCUUAAAACGCAAACGCAUGGCUCAUACAAAUCUAAAUGCAGAGUCAAGCAGAAGUCACUCUGUCUUUACAAUUAGAUUGGUGCAGGCUCCAGUUGAUGAAAUGGGAGAAGCUGUGAUACAGAAUAAAAAAUUUUUGAACAUAAGUCAACUUAGUCUUGUUGAUUUAGCGGGCAGUGAGCGAACAAACAGGACAAAAAAUACUGGUCAAAGAUUAAGAGAAGCUGGUAAUAUAAAUAAAUCAUUAAUGACUCUAAGAACAUGCUUAGAAGCUUUAAGAGAAAAUCAAAUCAAUGGUACAAAUAAUAUGGUACCAUACCGUGAAUCUAAAAUAACUCAUUUGUUUAAAAACUUCUUUGAGGGUGAAGGUCAAGUUCGUAUGAUAGUCUGUGCAAAUCCUAGGGCUGAAGAUUAUGAUGAAACCCUUCAGGUAAUGAGAUUCGCAGAAAUGGCUGCUGAAGUAGAAGUUGCCAAGCCACAGAUUACAGAUGUUGCAGCAGCAAUAGGUUUAAUGUCUGGUAGGCGUAAAGCAAACCGCUUAUUUACAACUGCCAGAGAUAAUAUCAUAAGACCAGAAGCCAAAGACUUAGAACUUGAUUUGGGGUUGGUCUACAGUCUUGGACCUGAUUUCCCCAGUCUUGAAUUGAAUAGUUCCCAGGCAGCUCAUAUAAUCAAAGAACUCAUGGCACAUUUGGAAAUGAGAAUAAGCCGUAGAGAAACUUUAAAACGGAGCAAAGCCAUAAAAGAUGAAAGGCUAAGAUCAGCAUUAUUAGACUUGGAAAAAGAUUCACUUGAAGUUAGAAGUGAGAAUGCUUCUUUGCGUGGACAAUUGGCAUCUGCAGAACGACGAAUAAGAGCUCUGGAGGAGCGUUUAACAGCAACCGAAAAUGCAUCUCUGUCGCAUCAAAGAAAACUGAAUGAAAUGACCGAGUACACUUCGGCAUUAAAACGCGAGUUGCAAGACAAAGAAUUGCUCCUCAGCCAGAACAAGCUAGAUAAAGAAAAACAAAAGAAGGUUUUAGAAAGAAAAUACAAUUAUAAGAUUGCUGCUGAACACGAAAAAGCUAAGGAGAUUAAUUCUGAGAAGGAACGUUUGCGUAACGCGAUAGAAGAUAAGGAGAACCGCCUGAGGAUAAUAGCCCAGGCGCUAAACGUCGAUAGAGGCGACAAUGUUGAUGCCGUGCCUAAAAUGAUGGGAGAUGUUGCAGCGCAAACGAGCGCCCGUGAUUUCACGCCUGGCUCCACGCCUAGAGCGUUGCCGGCGCACAUGCUCACACCAUUUAGUUCCGCCCAUCAAACAAAAGACACACCAGCUUCGUCGCGUCGCGGUGUUGCAGUCGCCAACCCACGUCACAGACGGUCAUUGUCAGCGGAUGGCCGCGGAUGGAUUGAGCACGCGCCAAACAAGAUUGUCCCGAUGGGAACUGUCAUGAAGCCGAGCAUAGGUCACAGCAAGCAAGUCAACAAACUGACGAGUGUCAAGGAUAUUGCGAACUCGAAGGCGUCCAAGUACUGCCUAAUAUCUCAGGAACAGGACACGGACGGUGAACUAGAAACGAAACUGUACAAGGGUGAUGUUGUCCCUACUUGCGGCGGUGGCGCACAAGUUAUAUUCAACGAUGUUGAAAUGCUCAAGCAGUUUUCACCGACACGCGAAUCGAAUUCCAUGCGUUUGUCUGGGCCCACAUGUGCCCGACACUCAAGUAAGAGACGUGAUACAGGUGGUUGCUCUCCACCUCAAACCCCAUCAAACACCAGCAAAAAACAAAGGGUGGAUGACGAC